AUGAUUGGUCAAUUUUGUAUUCCGGUUUACCAAUUAAUUAAUUCAAAAAUAUCUGUGGAAAGGAAAGUCAACGUAGAAUCAGAAUGGAUAGAGUCUAUAAACGAUGAAAAUUUCACAGAGUUUCUUUGGAAGAACGAAGAAUGGGUAAACAUGACAGAUUCGUAUUAUUGGACUGACAGACCAGAAAAAAGGGAAGCAGUUCCAGUACCAAUGGAAAAUAUAUUUAGAGCAAGAGGAAAGUCAUUUACUUUUGAAAAUUGUUACGCUAAUUCAAAUGGAGUUGUUACAGAAAAAGGAAUUUCUUUACAAUACGAUUAUUCACCAAAUAAGCCAAAAUUUCAAAUUACUGUCAUGGGAGAACUUCCAAAUGCUGUAAUUGCAAGAAAAUAUUGGAAUACCUAUGGACACGCAAUUCAUGACUUACUUGUUAUGCUUGUUACAUAUCCAGAAUCAGUUCUCAAUUCUACUUACUAUGUUAUCCAUAACUGGGAACAGCCUUUGAUGCAAACACACUUGAUUGCUUUGGGAUUGGGGCAUAUGACACCAGUUUUAGAAUACCAGAAAUAUUAUCAGGUAGGAAAACUUUAUUAUAAUCAUCCAAAAGAACGCGCACAUGAAUUAUUCGCGUUUGGAUUACCAAAUUUACAUAAACGCUACAGAAAAUAUAUGAAUUUAUCAGUUAUAACGCCUACAAAAUACAGAGUUAUUAACAGAAGACCAAAUGAAAGAAGAUAUUUCACAAAUAUUAAUGAAUUAAUUUCCAAUUUAUCAAAGAAAUUCCCGAAUAUUGAGUUCACAGAGAUGUUCCUUCAAAAUACUCUUACAGCCAACGCAAAACAAUUCGCAGAAUGUAAAUUUGUAAUUGGAAGUGGCGGAUCUCUACUUUACAACUGCAUGUUUAUGGAUAAACACGCAGGAAUAGUUAUAUUGUUUGGCCAUCUGAUAGAUUUUCCUAACUUGGUUCUUUUCGGACUAAUUCAUAUGUAUUCCGGCGGAAUUACACAUAUUAAUGUAAACCACCAUGAUGGUCGUGGACCAUGUCAUAUUCCUGAGACUGUUGCAAUGACAGAAAAGAUAUUUUAUGCGAUGGAACACCAUAAAUAUCCUUACAUGAAGAAUUUGUUCCCAUCUUUCAACUAUUCUAUAAUGUUCCACAAGAGGAUGAAUGGAGAUUACACUAAAGGUCUAGGAUGGACAAAUGAAGAAGAUAUAAUACCAUAA